AUGGUCACAAUCGAGUCAGAGUCCGAUUUCUAUGACGUCUUUGAGAUUCUGGGGAAGGGCACGUUUGGGGAGGUGGUGAAGAGCUGGAAACGGAGCACGGGGGAGAUGGUCGCCAUAAAAAUCCUGAAGAAUGACUCCUACCGCAGCAGAAUCAUCAAGAACGAGCUGAAGCUGCUGCAGACCAUGUCCGAGGUGGACUCUGAGGAGUCCCACAUCGUCCAGUUCCACGAGUUCUUCCACGACGAGCUCAAGUUCUACCUGGUCUUUGAGCUCCUGGAGCAAAACCUCUUCGACUUCCAGAAAGAGCACAACUUCUCCUCGUUGCCGGUCCGGCACAUCCGCACAGUGACCACGCAGGUGCUGAGAGCCCUGGCCAAGUUGAAAGAGCUGUCAAUCAUCCACGCUGACCUAAAGCCGGAGAAUAUCAUGCUGGUGGACCAGGUGAGGUACCCUUUCCGGGUCAAGGUGAUUGAUUUUGGAUCGGCCAGCAUCUUCAACGAAGUGCGCUACGUCAAAGAGCCUUACAUCCAGUCCCGAUUCUACCGGGCCCCAGAAAUCUUGCUGGGGCUGCCGUUCUGCGAGAAGCUGGACAUGUGGUCCCUGGGCUGCGUGAUGGCCGAACUGCACCUCGGCUGGCCCCUCUACCCUGGGAACAAUGAGUACGACCAAAUCCGAUACAUCUGUGAGACCCAAGGCAUGCCCAGGCCCGCCCUCCUGAACGCAGCCCGAAAGGCCCACCUCUUCUUCAAGAGGAGCCAACACCCUGAGGUGGUGAACUCCUGGCAGCUCAAAACCCCAGCGGAGUAUCUGGCUGACACCAAAGUGAAGUCUGUGGAGAGGAGAAAGUACGUGCUCAAGUCCCUGGACCAGAUGGAGACGGUGAACGUCCACAAGAUGAUCUACCCAGACACAGAAGCCCUGGCUGAAUACUUUGACCUCCGGAGCAUGGUGGAGCUCAUCAAACGCAUGCUGACCUGGGACUCUCAUGAGCGCAUCACCCCCAGCGCAGCCCUGAAGCACCCCUACAUUUCCACCCAACCCCUGAAGCAGAACUACGACCUCACCCAGUACUACCAGUUCUGCCUGAGGAGCCUCCGGGAAUCGCUGCCCAGCCACGCCAAGGCGUCAGAGGAGGAAACGCAACAUUACAGCGCCAUGGACGAGGACCGCUUCUACAGUCGGGAGGAAAGCGCCCACGGCAUCCAGGGCACUACCAGCCAGAUGGACGAGCUCAGCAUUGCCGAAGCCAGCCGGGAGGUGCCCCUAAAAGUGUGGGGUGAAGGGCCCAGCGGGGGAGGCUACGAUCCCCUCCCGGACCCGGCCGAGGCGGUGGCAAAUCGGCACAGAGUGGCCCAGCAGAGCCUCCGGCUGCGCCAUGAGCAGGCCCAGCAGGAGCCCAUCCCGGCCUACUACCGGAGCCGGCCUGGCAGCCCCAGGCACCACAAGGCUUCUCACCACGUGAAGCCAGACCCCACCUUCGAGAACCUGAUUCUUCUAGGGCAGUACACCCCAGAGGACCCCCCCAGCUGGGAGAAGGAGAGCAAUGCCAGCGCCGCUUCCUUGCCGGAGUCCGGUGCCCGGGAGGAGGCGAGCUACCCCAAAGGCCUUGUCCUCUCGCCCACCACACAGCUAGGCCAGUCGGAAGCCUUUGAACCGGCCGUGCCGUUGCCUGGGCCCAACCCCUGGCUGCCCAGCGAGGACUGGCUGGCUGAACACAGCAUGGAAAGAGUCCCGCUCAAGGCCGUGCUGCACGCCCCCCGGAACCGCCACCCGCUGCAGCCCUACCUGCAACACGUGGCCAGCCACCACUAG